GCGCCCGCUGCGUGGCGCGGCAAUAGGCUGCGCGCGCAGCCCCGAAGGCGGUGCGGCCCUGCCUGGCCGGACGGGCCCGCCUCGUGCUCCUUCUGUUGGUACCGAGCGGAGAGGAUGCACACGGCACUCGAGUGAGGUACAGCAUUGCCACCAUGAAGGUACACCUACAUACUAAAUUUUGUUUCAUUUGCUUACUCACCUUUCUCUUUCACCAUUGCAACCAUUGCCAUGAUGACCAUGACCAUGAGCGUAAUCAUGAUCACAACACCAACCAUGUUCCUAAGGAGAACCAUAUACAUAAGCACAAUGACUACCAGAUAUCUCAGGAGUCAUAUCUUCAAAAUAGUCCCAGCAAGAGCUCUGUACAUAAUGCAGUUAAUAGACAAAUAUAUUACAUUCACAAACUGUUCAGUCGUUAUGGUGAGAGUGGUAAAUUGACUUUUCACGGUUUUGAGAAACUCUUAUCAAAUUUAGGUCUUGGGGAAGUUAAGGUUGUAGAACUUGACCAUGAGCACAACGAUCAUGAUCAUGUUUCACAUUUAGACCUUUUAGAGAUAUUAGAACAUAAACAUGAGCACUCCCACUCAGACUUCAAUCACACAACACAUGAACAAUCUGUACCAGUCCCCAAAGUGAACGUUAAGCAUUGCAAAAACUCUGAUGGUGAGAAUAUACAUACCACCACACCCUCUCCAGUUACUCACCAUCAACCCCAUCAUCAUCACCACCAUCAUCGAGGCACUGGCCACGCUGGAGGCUCACAGAUACAUAAGGAGGGAGAACAGCUCCCUGACCCAUCAGACCCCAAUGCACCACAACACCAAGCCAAGAAAAGGUCAAAGAAACGCAAAAAACAUAAAGGUGUAGCAAAGCAGUCAGAAAUGACAUUGACUCCACCUCCUGGUGAAUUCUUGAGUAUUAUGUCCAAGAAUGAAGAAUAUACAGAUGAACAUUUUCAUCUUCCUGAUGAAGAAAUGGCUUCUCAAAACAGAAGAAGAAAAGAUUUGAGUUCCUCAAAUUUGAAUCAUGAAGAUCAUGUUCAACCCAAGUUUGCACAUGAAGAGUGCUUGAAUGUCUCCCAACUGCUGCAAAGCUAUGGUCUUAGCACAAAUUCUGGGAUUUCUACAGUAGAGUUUACGUACCUAUGUCCUGCGUUGCUGUACCAAAUAGAUAGUAGGGUUUGCAUCCAUCAUCCUGAGGAGCUGAGGAUGGAGCCAGUAGAUAAUCAAGAUUCUCUGCUAACAGUUUGGAUUUGGGGACUCGUGUCAAUCACCAUUAUAAGCUUGUUGUCAGUGCUGGGUGUCGUCCUUGUACCAAUCAUCAAUCAAGUAUGUUUCAAGUAUCUUCUAACAUUCCUGGUGGCUCUGGCAGUGGGGACACUCAGUGGUGAUGCAUUGCUGCAUCUAAUGCCUCACUCACAAGGUAAACAUGACCAUAGUCACCAUGACCAUGACCACGAUCAUAAUCAUACUCAUGGAAAUCAUGAAAGUUCUGAAGAUCUCCUUAUAGUUUAUAAUGGAUUGUGGAAAGGACUUACAGCUCUAGGUGGUAUCUACCUUCUUUUCAUCGUUGAACAUUGCAUUGGACUCUUCAGAGAUCACAGAGCCAGAAUGGGCAAAAAGAAGUGGCGUAAGCAGAAAGUUCUGAGUGGAGAGGCAGCAGUUGGGCGAAAAUUGUCAGACCACAAAUUAAACCGAAGGUCAGAAAGUGAAUGGCUUGACCUUCAGACCAUGUCAGGAACAGAGCAACAGGAUGGUUUCAGUGAGCAACAUGAUGUAACCCAGCUUACUGAUCUUGAUGGCACUCUGGGGUCCCCGUCGAAGGCAUCUGUUGCUCCCGACUUGAAAUCUGUUUAUAUUCACGAUUCGCAUAGUGAAAUUGAUAGUUUCACUCCAAAUCAUGAAAGUAAAACCAUGUCUAAAAAGCAUCAUUCAAAUUCUGCACAUCAUUCUCAUGGUCACUGCCAUUCUAAUAAAGAGAUGCAAGAUGCUGGCAUAGCGAAUAUCGCUUGGAUGGUUAUCAUGGGAGAUGGCAUGCAUAACUUCAGUGAUGGGCUUGCCAUAGGUGCUGCCUUCAGUGCUUCCGUCACAGGGGGACUGAGUACUUCCAUCGCUGUGUUUUGUCAUGAGCUUCCUCAUGAGCUGGGUGAUUUUGCUGUUUUGAUUAAUGCGGGGAUGUCUGUGAAACAGGCUAUUGUUUACAACCUCAUGUCAGCUCUGCUUGCGUAUGUUGGUGUAGUAAUAGGUAUAGCCGUGGGACAAUAUACUCAUAAUUUAACCCAGUGGAUCUUUGCCAUCACUGCAGGCAUGUUCCUAUAUGUGGCAUUGGUGGAUAUGUUACCAGAAAUGCUACACCGUCCAACGGAUAAUCGCAGCCAGGCUAAGAUUGGACACUUUGCUCUACAGAAUGCUGGGAUGCUCUGUGGGUUUGCCAUCAUGCUGCUAAUUGCCAUUUUUGAGGAUCAAAUUGUAAUCCACUUCUAACAGUUAACAGUUUUGAUGACAAAUAAUGUAUGGUCCUGUUUGCCUUGUAUGUAACAAUUCAGUGGUACAUGUACUUUUCAGAGCAAAUUGUAAUAUUUGUUAGCACAAUAGAUUACUUUCCACAACAGCUGCUGUUUGUCAGUUGGUUUGAUGCACGGUUACCUCCAUGGUUCAGUAUGGAAACUUAAAUAAUCAACUUUUUAAAUAUCUGUGGAGAAGACAAAAUCAACGCUUGAGUAAGUAUUUAGCCCAGUUAGAUCAGGAAAAGUGAUGUAUGUGUAACAGCUGUUUGGAGAACUUCCUUUCGCAUGCCUUGUGUUAGGUGUUUGUUUAUGGGUGGCAGUCACCAACAGUAAUGCCAUCUGGAUUCAUGGUGCUGUUUUUAUGAGAUCUUAUCUUCAGUGUUGCACACAACACAAUUUAACAGAUUCUGGUUUAGGUUUGAAAAUGGUGUACAUUAUUGCCUAAUUGCUGAUGGUGUUAAUUGGAUUCAUUUUUAACAUUCCUCCUUCCAUUGUAAUACCUCAAAACCAUGUUUACUGUCCUAAGUGAUCAGCUAGAUUGCUUGCUAUAGGUAUUAGUUUGGAGUUAAUUUUUGUAUGCCCAUAUUCGCCUGUCACUGUGUGACAUUACCUUUUGUCACUGUAUAAAUCAAUGUAUAAUCGAUCAUAUGUGAUCAAGUGCAGCUGGCCAAAAUAUGAUAAAUGUGAGUUGUGGAACCUGUGAUUCUUGUGGAUAUUGAUAAUUCAUUGUUAAAGCCAAAGAUUAUGGAACCUGACCAGUUAAUUUGAAGUUUGUGGAAAAAGUUCAGUGUUAAGGUACCAUAGACUUUGUGUUUGUUACAAGUGAAAUCAAAAAGCAUUUUGCUUAUCAAUAAACAAAAGUUUUGAUGUUCUAAGCUUGUAUUAUACUAAUAUGUAUGAACAAAACUGGGUAUUUGAAGUUUUACUUAAUAAAUUCCUGAUAAUGC